CCUCACCGCUUCUGCCACACUCAACAAUACCGCGUUUGGCUCACACUUCCUUUCUUUCACAACUUCUUAACGCGUUUGCCUGACUCAUCCAAUCGCAUAACCGCGCUUUCUAUAAAGCGCGAGUGAGUCACCGCAACCAGCGGAGCGGAACUCACCCAACCCCAAAAUCUUCAGUUUUCUGGUUUUCGUUUUUUUUUCUCUCUCGGUGUCGCCAUGGACGACGAGGUGCGCAAGAUCUUCAACAAGUUCGACAAGAACGGCGACGGGAAGAUCUCGUCCGCGGAGCUGAGGGAGUUGAUGGCGGCGCUGGGAUCGAAAACGACCAUGGAAGAGGUGCGACGCAUGAUGGCCGAGCUCGACCGCAACGGCGACGGCUACAUUGAUUUGAAGGAGUUCGGGGAGUUCCACUGCGGCGGCGGUGGCGGCGACGGGAGGGAGCUCCGGGAGGCGUUCGAGCUGUACGAUCUGGACAAGAACGGGCUGAUCUCGGCGAAGGAGCUGCACUCCGUGAUGCGGAGGCUGGGGGAGAAGUGCUCCCUCAGUGACUGCCGGAGAAUGAUCGGAAACGUGGAUGCCGACGGCGACGGCAGCGUGAAUUUCGAGGAGUUCAAGAAGAUGAUGACGCGCUCGUAGUUUACAGUUUCUUCGUCAACCUUGGUGAUUUCUUCCUGCUUCAUACUGGGAGGUGGCGGCAAUGUUCUUGUCACCAGCUCUACUAUUUCGGUCACCUCUUCAUCUGGAAGACGCCCCUCACAACUCUCUAUGAUCUGUGUAAUCAAAGUGAACAAACUGUUUAAUUACAGUUUCGUAGGGGCACCUAUUGAAAUAGACUUUAAAUAUCUUAAACCA